AUGAAAAACAAAAAUAAGCUCAAGCGAUGCUUAGAUUACCUUAGGAAUAACAAAGAAAAAAUUGCAGACAACUAUGCGAACGUAUACCCAUCUAGCAAAGAAAAAAUUUUGUUAACAUAUCUAAAGGAAUUCAGAAAUAAGCUUGCAGAAAAACACAAUGCCAAGUUUUGCGAAUUCUUUAUUGACGAAUAUGGAGUGAAGAGGAACAUAUGCUCUUCUAUAAUCCAAAUAUUCUUCCCUUUUGACAAAGGAAAUGACUACAAAGAAAUAUAUACCCUAAUACGAAGCCAGUUUACUUAUGAAAUUUUGCUGAAAAAAGAAAUAAAAACAUUACUUCUUGCUAAUGUGUCACUUGUGUUUGACUGGAAGAUUGCCGAUUGCUCAGACUUGUCGACUAUAGUAGUGUCUUCGUUAAGAACAAAAAAUUACGACGCUUAUGUUGUGUGCGGUGAGGCACCUUUUUCGAUUUGCUCAAAGGAUGACAAAAAAAUCCUCUGCGAAUUUAAUUUCAAAGAAUUUAUAAAGUCCAAGGAAAAAAACCAGGACGCAAGAAGCACUCUUGACAUAAAAGGGAAGAAGGCGAAAUAUAGAGAACUCAUGAAUAUUGGAAAAAGAAGUAAGGAAAGUAAAUUUGAAGAUGAUGAACCAGAGAACAAAAAGGAUAGGUACAUUCACAUGUGGGUACUCAUAAAAAAAAGCCUAGAUGUAAAGAAAGAUGUGUUCAUAGAAAUGUGUUCAGGCAGGGAAUAUGACGUCGACAACUGUCCCUAUACAUCUAUAUUUUAUCUUUGGAACGAGAAAAAUGUUUAUGUCAACAUACAUAAAACUGAGGAUAUAGCAACGUUAAUAUCGGAACUAAGAAAUAAGGAGUACUUCGUGCCUGCUUUUUACGAGGAAAUAAAAAACAAGGUUUUAACCCCCAUCAUUGAAAAUAAAAUCUAUCAAAUUAGGAAAGACAGACUUCUUUUGAAAUAUCCACAAGGAAGAAACACAAGCUUUUAUAAGAAUUGUAAAAAGGAUGAAUACAGCGUUUUUCUACAGCACGAUGGACUCACAGAAAUGCACACACAUUAUGAAAACAAAUAUUAUACAAAUGUAGAGUAUAUUUGCUGUCUGUAUACAUGUAGAAGAGACGGGAAGAGGGCCAAGAUAUAUUUCCCUCAUAAAUUUAAAAGCACUGAAUAUUAUGAUAAUUACAACCACCAUUUUUUGAAAGCGCUUAAAGAGAACAUAGGAUUCUACUCUCACUUCUCAUUUUAUCCCAAUAGACCAGACGGGCUGACACACUAUGUAGAGAUAAAAGAUUUAAAAUUAAUGGAAUAUUUUACUAAUCGGAACGACCAAGUGAUAUACAGAUCAGUUAAAAUUUCUCCAACUGUUCAGACAACUUACAAGCUUCAGAUGUUCAAUAGAAAGGAAUAUUACGCGACAAAAAUAACAAUCAAGUAUGGGAAUAAGGAAAUCAAAAAUGGAAUAAAAAAAAAAAUUUUUCUAAUUCCCGAAAACAAAAUAAUUCUCAUGUAUUACAACAACUGUAAUGAGAUAAGCAAUACGUUCGAAGUAUAUGAGAAAUCUAUUCGAUACAACCAUGACAUGGAAAAGAAUGAAGAAGUAGUGACAUACAAAAAGAAUUUCAUUUACAAACAUUUUGUAAACUAUGCGGAUCCUAUACAAAAAGAUACCUUGUAUUUGCUAAAGGAGGAAAGAGACCUUUUUGAUGACAUAAGAGAUACUUACAACAAUGUUAUAGGUUCUAUUAGAAAGGAGAGAAUCGAGGUGAAACAAGCGGAAGAGGACUACCAAUACAAACCACACAAUAUAACGAACAUAAACGAAAUAAUUUAUCAUGACAAUAAUCAAAUAGAGUCAUUUAAUAAAAAUUUAAUCGAAGACAAAAUAAAUGUGUGCAAUUUUUAUGAGACAUAUCCAUGGGAUAAAUACGAGGAGGUGUCUAUGAGCAAUUCGUUUUUUUCAUCAAAGAGGAACAUGCUUAAAAUUGAAUGUUCCUGUGAUGAGAUAGAAUAUGUCACGUCUCAGAGGAAACAAGCAUUGGCCCGUGUUCCACAUUGCGAAGCGGUAAAAAAAAAUAAAGGAAACAAAAAAUUACAGUCAUAA